AUUUAAAAAAAAAAAGAAAAAAAGAAAAAAACCAAAUACGAAACGAAACCGAAAAAAACCAAAAAUAAUUGUCUACGGAACUGAGAGAGAGAGAGAGAGCGACAGUGAGACAGUAGAACUCCGACGACUUUCUCUGUUCGAUGCUUGAAUCCAUUACAGAAGCUUUGAAAUUUAAAGAUACAGCAAAAAUUACCGUUGAGAAUACAAAAAAUGAAGCCAAAGGAGAAGAUUUAAAAACAAAUACAGUUGAGACGGUGACUGUGCAAAAUGGAAAUAAUAAAGAAGAUAAAAUGAAAAACAGUGUUGAGACCGUUGAAAAUGGAAAAACUGAAGAUGACAAAAUGACAAAUACCGUUGAGACUGUGACAAAUGGAACCAUUGAACUGGAGAAAACCAAUGAGACUGUGCCUAAGGGGGAUGAAAAUGGAGUGAAAGAAACGGAAAUUGAGGAGGGUGUUGUUGUUGAGGCAGAGGUCACGAAAAUGGAAGAAGAACGUAAGGUCAAGGAAGAUAAGGAAAUCAAUGCAGAAAACGUGAAGGAUGAAAAGGAGGAAGCUAAAAUUCAGGCAAUGGAGGAAGAUGUGAUUCCAAAUGCGAAGAACGAUGAAGAAAAUAUGGAUAUCAAAGAUGCAGACAAUAUAGAUGUCAAAGAUGACAAGAAUGAGAGUGCUAAAGAUGGAGAAUUUGAGGGUGCCAAAGAUGAAGAAAUGGAGGAUGCGAAAGACGAAGGAACUGAGGAUGCGAAAGAUGAAGGAACUGAGGAUGCGAAAGAUGAAGGAACUGAGGAUGCGAAAGAUGAAGGAACUGAGGAUUCCAAAGAUGAAGGAACUGAGGAUUCCAAAGAUGAAGGAACUGAGGAUGCGAAAGAUGAAGGAACUAAGGAUGCCAAAGAUGGGGUAGAGAAGGUUGACAGCCAUAUGGAAGAGGAUGACAAGGAAAUGAAGGAUAAAGAUCCCAAUGAAGAAAAAACAAAGAAAGGAAGAAGGAGAAAGGGUGCUGUUAAAUCAAAAGGAAACAAUGAAGAGGAUGAAAAGGAGGAGGCAGAGAUCAGGACUCCCAUUGUUGAUCGCCCUGUACGUGAGCGUAAAUCAGUUGAAAGGUUGGUGGCAUCUAUAGAAAGAUAUGCUGUGAAGGAAUUCCAUAUCGAAAAGGGUCGUGGUACUCCACUUAAAGAUAUACCCAAUGUGGCCUUCAAAUUAUCAAGGAAGAAGACUGAUGACAUCUUCAGGCUGCUUCAUACAAUUCUAUUUGGAAGGAGAGGAAAGGCAUUUCAGAUUAAGAGCAACAUAUCCAGGUUUUCAGGUUUUGUGUGGCAUGGAGAUGAGGAAAAACAAAAGAAUAAAGUCAAAGAAAAAUUUGACAAGUGUAAUAAAGAGAAAUUAUUGGAAUUGUGUGAUGUGCUAGAUAUUCCUGUUGCGAAGGCCACCACAAGGAAGGAAGAUAUUAUUGGCAAGCUUGUAGAAUUUUUAAUAGCUCCUCACGCUACAACUACUGUCCUCCUUGCGGAAAAAGAAAAGUCGAGCAAGGGUAAAAAGCGUAAACGAGCAGUGAAAGGAGGGAUAUCAACUCCUGGAGACAGUGGCUCAAAAAGUUCAGCAAAGAGUCGUAGAAAGAGGGGGAAUAGUGCAAGAUCUGAGAUGACAAAAGAUUCAAGCGAUGAAGAUGAUGAGUCAGAAGAAGAGAAGGAAGCAGAAGAGGAUAAUGACAAGGAGAAUGAGAAGAAUGGAACCACAGAAAAAUCUGAUGAAGAAGUGUCCGAGCAGCCAGAAAGUGAAGAUAUCAAUGACCCAACUGAUGAAUCUGAGGAAGAAAGACCCAGAGCAAGUACAAAAACUUCAUCAAAAAAGAAGGGAUCUGUGGGAAAAGCAAGAAGCAAGAAAGUUACAGGUUCCAAUAAAUCUGAUUCAGCAAAAUCUUCAGCAAAGAAGUUAGCAGCAAGUCGUGCUAAGGUUGAUGAUAUUGAUGCUAGUCCAAAGGUAUUCUCUAGGAAGAAGAAUAGUGAGAAAGAGAACAAGGCCUCUACUCCAUCAAAAUCUGCUAACAAGGAGAAACCUGGGAAAAAGGUUGUGAAAGGGAAAGAUAAAACCAAGGAGGAAAAAUCAAGGCCAAGUGAUGAUGAGCUCAGGGAAGCUAUAUGUGAAAUUCUUAAAGUAGUUGACUUUACUACGGCGACCUUCACGGACAUUCUGAAGCAGCUUGCUCGGCAAUUCAAGAUGGAUCUCACCACACAAAAGUCAUCGAUAAAACUCAUGAUCCAAGAAGAGCUGACAAAACUGGCAGACGAAGCAGAAGACGAAGAAGAUGGAGGCGAAGGCGAUGCUGAGAAGGAUGGUAAACAGGCAGCAUCAGGUCGAGAGGUGGAAACUUGAGUCCAAGAGUGUUGGCCCGCCAUGGGAUUUGUCUAACAUAUAUGGAAAAAGCCCUAAAAAGUUGAGUCUGUUGUAAAGGUGGAUGUAAUUUAUUUGUUGGUAUCAUCAUCAUGUUUACUGCUAAUGAAAAGGUUAGUGUUUUUAUUAGAAAACAAGGUUAGUUGUUACUUUAUAUAGGGUGUUGCAAAUAUUGCACCUUCUUUUUAUACUGAUAUAAAAUCUGUUGGGAAUAAUAAUUCCAUGAAUAUAUAUAUAUAUAUACUGACCAUUAAGGAA